AUGUGGGUUGAAGGGAGUGACCCACAGAACACUUUUGAUAGGCAAGUUGUCGUGUAUGGCAAAGGGGACCGUCCUAUAUUUAUUAGAGCUUACUAUGGUUGCUAUGAUCCUUUGGCGUAUCCAUUAUUCUUCCCGAGAGGGGAGACGGGAUGGAAUCGUCGGAUACCAUAUGAGACACCACCUAAAGUCGCUCAAGAGGACAAUGAGGAUGGCACGAAACUUAAAGACUGGCAAGGUGAAGAUCGGAGUUCAAAUGUACAUCUGGAACAGAACAUAGAUGAGGAAGGAGAUGAUGAAGAGGACCAGCAUGAUGAUGAAACCAGAGGGUCCAGAAAGUUCGUGAGCGCGAGGGAGUACUAUUGCUUCAAGCUACAAGUCAGGAAAGGACUUUUUAACAUUAUAUUGUUCGGUGCACGCGGUUUCCAGCAAUGGGCAGUCGACAUGUACAUCAAGAUGGAGACUAUGAGACUUGAUUUCUUCUCAAAGCCUAAGAAUCAAAAGCUCAUUCGUGCUGAUCUAUACCAGGGUGUUGUUGACGUCAUGGAUGCUGGUGAGACACGUGGUUCUCAGGUUGGUAAGAGAAUCGUGCUGCCGCGGACUUUUCCAGGAGGUGAUCGAGACAUGCAACGAAGAUUUCUUGAUGCGAUGGCGAUAGUCCAGCGGUUUGGGAAGCCUGAUUACUUUAUCACAAUGACUUGCAAUCCGCACUGGGAGGAGAUUACGUCCAGACUUGAACCCGGGCAGACACCACAAGACCGUCCAGACCUUGUGGCGAGAGUAUACAGGGCCAAAUUGCGAAGUAUGAAGGAUCUCUUGAUCAAAAAAAGGUACUUUGGAGAGGUUGCUGCAUAUGUCCAUGUUACCGAGUUUCAAAAAAGGGGGUUGCCACAUGAGCACAUGCUUUUGAUCAUGCGCUCGGAUAGAAAACUAACAAACCUAGACGGAUACGACAAGGUGAUAUCAGCAGAACUUCCUAACAAGGACAAGUACCCUCUGUUGCACUCUCUGGUGGUUAAACAUAUGCUACAUGGUCCAUGUGGUGCUCUUAGGAAAAAUUGUGCUUGCAUGAUAGAUGGUGAAUGUCGAUUUCGCUAUCCUCGGCAAUUUGUUGAUGCUACGCAGCAAGGAAAGGACUCCUAUCCUAUCUAUAGGAGGAGGCAUGAUGGUCACCAAGUGAAGGUCAGAGGAGCGGAGCUGGAUAAUAGAUGGGUUGUCCCAUACAACCCUGGUUUGCUUAUGCGGUAUAAUUGUCACAUCAAUGUUGAAGCUUGCUCUAGCAUCAAGGCAGUGAAAUAUUUAUUCAAGUACAUCUACAAAGGACAUGAUCGUGCCUCAUUCUCAGUCGAUCCAGCACUAGAGAAUGAUGGUGAAGUAAUCAAUGAGAUUAAACAAUACAGAGAUGCUAGGUUCGUGGGGCCACAGGAGUCUAUCCACAGGAUUUGCGGUUUUCCAAUGUUCGGUGUCUCUCCCUCUGUUCUCCAACUCCAGCUUCAUCUUGAAGAUAUGCAGCCUAUCACAUUCAAAGAGGGCGAUAAUCUAGAUGACGUCGUCAAUCGGCCCUCUUCUUCCAGUACCAUGCUCACUGAAUUUUUCAAGAUGAACCUGGUGGAUCCUCAUGCGAGGAACUUCUUGUACAAAGAGUUCUCGGAGUUCUACCGGUGGAUGAAAGGUACAAAGAAGUGGCAAAGAAGAAAAUUAAAGGGGCGGGAUCAUAUUGGAAGAAUUGUGUAUGCACAUCCUGCUGAAGGUGAGAGGUACUUUCUUAGAGUGAUCAUGAAUCAUGUGAGAGGUGCAACAUCAUUUAAAGAUUUGAAAAUUGUAAAUGGCAGGAUGUGCUCGAAUUUUAGAGAAUCAUGUGAGCGAAGAGGUCUCAUAGAGACCGACAAGUCACUUGAUGACUGCUUGACUGAGGCAGCUACUUUCCAAAUGCCGUAUGCUCUAAGAAGGCUUUUUGCAACUAUUCUGGUGUUCUGCGAGGUGACCCAAAUCCGAUCAUUGUGGGAGAAACACCUUGAGUCAAUGUCUGAGGACUACCGUCGUAACCAGUCCAACCAGGUCGCACUAGAGCAGAUGGUCCUUAGAGACAUUAGGGAUCUGGUGCAUUCCAUGGGAAAAGAUAUUGGCAGUUAUGGCCUCCCAGAUUUGGAUCCGGUGGAUGAUGAGUGUUCCAAUGGAGAUUCGAGAGAGGUACAAGAGGAGUUGUCGGUUAGUUUUGACAAAGAAGACAUAAACAUGUUUACAUCUCUUAACAAAGAGCAGCGUGUUGGUUUUGAUGAAAUCCUCUCUCAUGUUGUCAACAAAAAGGGCCAGAUUUUCUUUGUUGAUGGUCCGGGUGGCACGGGGAAGACAUAUCUAUACAAAGCACUCCUUGCAAAGGUCCGUUCUCUAGGUCAAAUAGCUAUUGCUACAGCUACAUCUGGCAUAGCAGCAUCGAUCAUGCCUGGUGGGCGCACCGCUCAUUCCAGGUUUAAAAUUCCGAUUAGGCUCACAGAUAGUAGCACAUGCAAUUUUACGAAGCAGAGUGGUACCGCAAAGCUGCUCUGUAGGGCAUCUUUAAUAAUCUGGGAUGAAGUUGCCAUGACAAAGCGUCAAACUGUUGAGACGCUAGAUAGGUCCCUCCAGGACAUCAUGGGAUCAGCUUUGCCUUUCGGGGGAAAAGUCAUGGUGUUUGGAGGGGAUUUUAGGCAGGUCCUUCCCGUUGUAACACGUGGUACAAGAGCUCAAAUCACUGACGCUACGCUACAGAGGUCUUAUUUAUGGGAGAAGAUUAGGAAAAUACGCCUCACGCGUAAUAUGAGGGCACAAACCGAUCAGUGGUUCUCCAAUUACCUCCUAAGAAUAGGUAAUGGAACAGAAGAGACGAUUGGUGCUGACUACGUGCGUCUUCCGGAUGACAUUGUUAUUCCUUGGACUGCCACCGAAGAACCAGUAGAUAAACUUAUUGAAGAUGUCUUCCCGUCGCUUCAUGAUAAUGCUACAUCUGGCUCAUACAUGAGCGCACGUGCCAUUCUUUCAACCAAGAAUGAGCAUGUGGACAAUCUGAAUAAAAAGAUGAUUGGUAGGUUUCCUGGCCAAGAAAGAGUUUAUUAUAGCUUUGACUCUGUCGAGGAUGAUGCACGAAAUAACUACCCACUUGACUAUCUAAACUCUCUCACUCCAAAUGGCCUGCCCCCGCAUGAUUUGAAACUCAAAAUCAAUUGUCCCGUCAUUCUUCUCCGGAAUCUCGAUCCGCACAAUGGGUUGUGCAAUGGAACAAGACUGAUGAUUAGAGCAUUCCAGGAUAACUCAAUCGAUGCCGAGAUUGUUGGUGGACAACAUGCUGGAAAUAGAGUGUUCAUACCGAGGAUCCCUUUGUCGCCUUCGGAGGAUAUUUCACUUCCUUUCAAGUUUAAGAGGAAACAAUUCCCCAUCAGGUUGAGUUUUGCAAUGACCAUCAACAAAGCCCAGGGGCAAACUAUUCCAACUGUUGGAAUUUACCUCCCAGAGCCCGUAUUCUCCCAUGGCCAACUUUAUGUUGCACUUUCAAGGGGUGUGUCAAGGCAGACCACUCGGAUUUUGGCCAAGCCAAAUAUAGACAUAGAUCCCACCGGAAAAAGCACAAAGAACAUUGUGUACAGGGAUGUAUUGGAGGGAUAG